UGAUCCUUGGUGAGAACAGGCCUAAGCCCAUUGAUCUCUACAUUACUUUCUUGUCCCUAACCCAACUAAUAUUCCUUAUAACUAUGGGACUCAUAGCUGUGGACAUGUUUAUAUCUCAGGGGAUAUGGGAUUCUACCACAUGUCAAUCACUUAUCUAUUUGCACAGGCUUUUGAGGGGCCUCUCCCUUUGUGCUACCUGUCUGCUGAAUGUCCUUUGGACCAUCACCCUUACUUCUAGAAGCUUCUGUUCAACAAAGUUUAAACAUAAAUCUCCNCAUCACAUCUCAGGUGCCUUUAUUUUCUUCUGUGUUCUCUAUAUGUCUUUUAGCAGUCACCUCUUCAUAUCGAUUAUUGCUACCCCCAACUUGACCUCAGAGGAUUUUAUGUAUGUUACUCAGUCCUGCUCAAUUCUACCCAUGAGUUACUCCAGGACAAGCAUGUUUUCUGCACCUAUGGCCAUCAGGGAAACAUUUCUUGUCAGUCUCAUGGCCCUGUCCAGUGGGUACAUGGUGGCUCUCCUUCAGAGGCACCAGAAGCAGGCCCAGCACCUUCAUAGCACCAGCCUUUCUUCAAAAACAUCCCCAGAGCAAAGGGCCACGAGGACCAUCAUGCUGCUCAUGAGCUUCUUUGUGGUUCUCUACAUUUUGGAAAAUGCUGUCUUCUACUCAAGGAUAAAGUUUAAGGAUGGCUCAAUAUUGUACUGUAUCCAAAUUAUUUUGUGUCAUAGCUAUGCCACAGUCAGCCCUUUUGUUUUUAUUUGCACUGAAAAGCAUAUAAUUAAGUUUUGGGAGUCAAAGUGUGGCAGAAUAGUAAAUAUUUGAUUAUUCAGUGAUGGGUAUGGACUGUGAAUAUAAUCCAAUAUGUUGUCAUCAGAGCUUUGGGUCAUGACAUAUUUGGAACAUUUUA